AUGCUUUCUGUCUCCUGGUCUGACCAAACCCAGGUUCUCAUUUACAGGACAUUUGAAGAAUUUAGGACCCUCCAUAAAGGACUGAAGAGAAAAUUCCCCAUUGAGAGUGGUUUAUUGAAAAAGUCUGACCGGACCCUCCCAAGAUUUCAAGAUGCCAAUGCGAAGCUGAGGAAGAAUCAGAAGCUGAGCUGCUGCAUGGAGAGUCUGAGGCUGCUGGAGGUCUAUUGCCAGGAGCUAAUGAAGACUCAAGCCAAAAUCUCCCAAGGAGAAGAUGUGAUUAAAUUUCUUGAAGCCCACGGCCAGGAUCUGGAGCCCUCCUUCCCAGAAAACAGCAUCAUUAUUUUGCCUUCUGAAAUGGGAGAAAGGAAGACAGAGGCUCCCAGGGCACCCAAGCUGACCAUCACCCAGCCGGUCCUCUCCCAGAUGUACCAAUGUGUUGCACCCUUUCGAACUAAGGACACUCAGAACCAGCCCUUCGAGACCACCAAGGCAGAAAAGCUGGAAGUGCUGAUGAAGGACAGGACAGGAUGGUGGCUAGUGGAAAACAACCAAAAACAAAUCGCCUGGUUCCCGGCUCCGUAUCUGGAUGACAGCAAAGAAAUGCCCAUCGUGGGAAAAAACGACAAGGAAGGGAUGCUGUAUUAUGUCACCCGGGCUUACCUAGCCAAGGAACCAGAUGAACUCUCCCUCGAGGCUGGGAUUGUGGUGGAAGUGCUGGAGAAGUCAGAGAGUGGCUGGUGGCUGGUUUGGUACAAUGGAACCACAGGCAUCGUUCCCUCCAUGUUUCUCCAGCCGUACAGAAACCCCCAUAGCAAAUUCCUGGCUCUUGCUUCUCCCUCCUUGUGCAGCUCUUUGCCAAACCUCACUGAAGCCCCCCGUCUCAGCAGCAAGAAUUGCGCAGCCCAGCAAAAGGGGAACCAGGUUUAUCUCAACCAGAAGACGCAAAGCAAAGACAUUGGUUCACUCGAGGGCAAAGGCAUUCGUUCCCCAAGUAGAAGUUCCAUCUCAGGAAAUUCCAGUCCAGCCUCUGGGAAAGAGAGUUGGUCCAGCAGCUCUGGGAACACGAGUGACCAAGGAUUCUGCAGUCCUUGUGACCCUGAGAGCCACAUUGUCCUCCCAGAGACCCUUUUCCAGACAUCUGGCAACCCAGGAAGCCCCUCCUUAAGCCAGCAGCAGAACAAUUUUGGCUUUGAAGAGGAAUCUUCUAGAGACCCCGUCCACUUGCUUCCCUCCUCUGGUGUGGGCCCCUUGCCUAGUGGCCCUCUUGUGCCCCCACGCCCAUCCCCUCAUGAAAUCCUCCAGAAAUGCAGCAGCAUAACCAGAAGGGCUCUGCAGAGAUCUCUGGAGCAGCCCAGCAGUCCUGCCGGUUCCCAGCUGUAGAAAGCAAAGGUGCCAUCCAACAUCACUGAGCUCUGAGGUUUAUUAAUGUACAAAAUACCUGCUGUGUGUGGAAGGAAUCACUUGGUUCCUUAUGCAGGGUUAGAAUUUGGAUGUCCUUCCAGGGUCUGAGCUGAAGUGGCUCAAGGCAUGACUUUCUUUCCGAGGGACACACCUCCAUUUUCCUAAAGAGAGGCCAAGCUGAAAGCACCAUCCACUUUAAGAGCUCUCAUCUAGAAGCCAAUCCCUUGGAAGUGAAAAGAGAGGACAUUUUUCACCAGGUUGUGUGACAUCACCUCCUGCAAUGGGGCGCUAUUUGGCCAUGCUGGAUGGAGUAGACACAAACCUGUAUGGAGCCCUGAGAAUAUUUUGUGAAGGACUUAACCCAAUUCCACCUGAACUAAAGAAAAGGGCGGGUAGAACUGAGGACCGCAUGGUCCUUUGAAGCUCUAGUAGUCCUACUUUCUACUCAACUAUCAACAUCCAUGAGCUGUGGACUGCUGCAUCCAAGUUGGGAUCUACAGAAGAUAUUUAUUUAAAAUUACCUAAUAUAAUUAUGGAAUGGAGGCAUUUGAAUACUUUUAGGUAUUCCUUACUUAUUAAUGUGUUUUAAUAUUUUAGUAACUGAUUUCUAUCUAGUGGUUUGAGGGUUACUAGGCAUAUUAGAAAUAUGAACUAAUAAAAUCAUAUAUAA